AUGGGCUCGCCACUAGGUCCCCUAAUGGCAAACGCCUUCAUGUGCAAAAUCGAGAAACAGCUGGAAACAGAGAACAAGUUGCCUACCUUCUACAAGCGCUAUGUAGAUGAUACACUUAGCGCAAUGCCGGAUCUGACAGCAGCCUCAGAAUUCCUGACGACAUUAAACGAGAGUCAUCCCUCAAUCAAUUUUACCAUGGAGCUCGAAGAAAAUGGCAAGCUUCCCUUUCUCAGAAUGAAUGUUAUCAGGAAUGGUUGCCGCCUAGACACCACGGUUUACAGAAAACCAACGGACACUGGACUUCUGCUACACUACAACAGUCACGUUGCCGCAAGAUACAAACGGUCACUCCUGAACACCAUGCUUAACCGUGCGUUUAAACUCUCGUCUACGUGGAAGUUUUUUCACGAGGAAUGUGAACGCCUUAAAGAGAUCUUCUCCCGACUGCGCUAUCCAGACGACCUUGUGCAGUCAACCAUUCGCCAAUUCAUUGAAUCCAAAGUGUCCGAGGAUUCACACACCCAAGUGGCUGAUAAAAGAGAAGCCCCAAUCAGAAUCGUGUUGCCCUUCAAAGACCAGAAAUCAGCAAACGUAGUACGUAAACAGCUGGCUGACCUGAGUAGGAAGAUCAACGCAGACAUCAGCCCAGUUUACACAAGUAGGAAGAUCAAAGAUGAAAUUAAGGUCAAGGAAGACAAGCCGCCUCUUGUGAGUCAACAAUGCGUGGUGUAUUCUUUCCAGUGUAGCCUGUGA